CACACAAUGCUCUUCCUCCGUCUACAUCAAAGACGCCCGACUAUUAUUCCACGAUAGCAUCCCUCCGGCGUUCUUCGAUCUAACAGCGUUCUCCAUACUAUAAUCCUACAAACCUAAUAGAAUACGAAAUACCGUUUUUACCGACGCGACUCCACGUAAAGCUUGCUCAAGAAGCGAGCAAAUGAGUUACAUCUAAAAUAGAAGCAUAUCGAGAUAGCCGAUCCGACGUUUGUGGCGGAGUUAGCUCGAUACUUAUCUGGAUCUUAAACGAAGACUAAGCCCCGCACAUACCUCAUCAACGCGACCGUCUACGUUUGAUACCACAUUCAUCAUGGCGAACAAGAAGACAAUGUCUCUCGAGGCGGCGCUCGAGGAGGAGAGGAAAGAGGUUGAGAGCCUGAUGGCAAUGCAGUCGAGAAGACCUCCGUCGACCGGCCACCGAUCUCCCUCCCCAUUUACAGUCCCGAGGUCACCUAUGCGAAGUAUGUUGGAUAUCGGCAAUGCGCCUCGGAGUCCUCAACCACAACCUCCAGUCCGUAGCAUGCUCGAUAUUGAUACUCGUCCCGUUCAACAGCCGAGGAGCAUGUUAGACAUUAGCGGGCCGUCUGCUAGUGUACCGGCGAGCGCACAAACCUCUCCAACACUAUCUUUUAAGACACCAGCUUCAGAUAAUUCAUCCCGUAAUAGAAGCAUGUCAGAUGCUACGGCGCAUCCUCUUCCAGACCUAGGUCCUCGGUCUCCACCAAUCCUAAGUCCAUCAAGCUCGAGAAGCAAUGACCCAACGUCUGCUUACAAGUUCCAUGAUAUCUUGCCAACCAAUGUUGGGCAAGCUUUGCCUAUUAGGCGCGGCCCAACAGCUGCGAUGCGAUCAAGUUCUAUAGGCGAGGCGCUCCGUGGGCCUGACCUAUCUAAUCUAGUGCUUCCUGGUGAGCAUGGUCGAUUUUCUAGAAAGAACAAGUCCAAAUCGCCUAACAAUCGUUUUAAUCUCCGAUCUAAUUCGCCCUUUGGAGCGCCCGCUGGACGCAGUCAAACACAAGACAUCAUGAUGAAUAACGGCCAAGUACUAGAUAUGAACAAUGCUUACAGAAAAUUAUCGGAUGCCAAUUUACUUUACGGUGGUUCGAAUUUAGCCUCAUUAGCCCGUAAAAAGCAAGACGGCGAAGGACAUGGUAGAAUAGAAAAGGAUAACUUGAGCCCAUACGGAGAAUUAUUACCGGAUGAAAGCGACGACGACGUCGCAAACUCUUCUGAUGAAGAGCUGCAUAGGGGCAGAAAACUUACUACACGUGCCGAAUCGGAGGAUCAAGAACCCCUCGAUGACGGGAGCAAAACGGCCAAGAGUUUGCUCGCAGCGAUCGAACAUGAACGAAAAACUGUUAAUGCCUCUCAGCCCGGGUACAGGUCACUUUUCGAUGAACCUGAUAUCACACUUACAGGUCCGUCAGGGGAGAAAUCGAGACCCAGGGGUGGGAAACCAGUGGUUCAACCAUCGACCAGUUUUGAUCAGGAUCCUAUGUCCGGAACUCAGACGCCUCUAGACCCGGAAUUGGAUGCGGAUGUUGAUGCGAUCAGAGCUGCGCAGAGCUUACAGCUGUCUUCCACUGCGAUUUUGUCCACGCCGGAAGUACAUCGCUCCUUACGUAUCCUUUACCGCGGUGAAUUUACCAGAAUACAGCGAGAAGCAGAGGAUGAUCACCGACGUCUCCGCAAAUAUUUAGUAGCGACGGAUUUGAGUGAUGAAUCAACACACGCCUUGGAAUGGGCUAUUGGAACAGUCCUUCGCGAUGGCGAUACGCUCAUAGCCAUGUACUGUAUGGACGAAGAGGCCAGUGGUUCGGUCGACGCCGGUAAUAUGGUGCCUGACGAGCCCAAGGCGAUGAAGGAGCAAGCGGUUGCUAUCAGUGCUAUUUCGAAAGGGAUGUCGGGUAAAACCCCAUUACGCACCGCUAGUCCCGGUCCGUUUAAGAUGCAAGGGUCAUCGAUGUCGCCACAUGUUAGAGUGCUUGAUGGCAACAACAGUAACAACCCUUCUCCUGCGCCUAGUUCGCGCGGGAAAAGCAGGUUACAAGAAGAGAGGGACCGCGCCGUACAGGAUAUUACGGAACGGGUCUCGAAGCUCUUACGAAAGACGCAGUUGCAAGUGCGGGUAAUUGUGGAGGUGAUCCAUUGCAAGAACCCGAAACACCUUAUCACCGAGGUUAUCGAUAUCGUGAAUCCGACUUUGGUUAUUCUGGGAAGCCGUGGUAGAAGUGCUCUGAAAGGUACGCUCCUAGGAUCUUUCUCGAAUUACUUGGUAACUAAGAGCUCGGUUCCCGUCAUGGUCGCACGCAAACGCUUGCGCAAGAAAAGCAAGUAUCAGCCACCACCUGUGAAGCAGGUCAACAAUCUGGCCAAUCCAUCAGCACGAAGUUUAGAGAUGGCAAGAGUCGAUUAGAUGUCGCCUCGACAACAACUAACACAGCCAUCCCGGCCACUGCCGUCUAUAGCAGGAGCCCUAGUGCCGCCGCAACCGCCGGUAUUCAGUGGCAGAGCCAAGGCAGGGCAAAAGUUCAUCAUCAAGCUUACUCCACGUAAGUGAGCGGUACACCGAUAGAAUUGGUGCCGAUCUACGUAUAUAGCAGGCUGAUGAGUGAGGACAUGUACCAAGAUGGUCGAGGGGUUUUACGAGGUUAUGAAUUACUUAU